CACAUGACCAAAACAUGGUGGGUGUCUGAAAAGGAAGGAAAGGAAAGCAAAAGCGUGGCAAACUCUCCUUUGGACCUUGUUUACGGCUUAACUUUAAUUAAAUAAAGUUCCAAAAAUGCCUUCCACCCCUCAGUUAUCCCCCCAGGAGGAGCAGGAGAAGUUGUUGGAGGAGGGAAUCAGUAUAGUCAAGAACCAGUCCUUCCAGAUGAAGAGAUGCCUGGACAAAGGAAAACUAAUGGAUGGUUUAAAGCAUGCAUCAACAAUGCUAGGAGAACUGAGAACAUCACUCCUGUCCCCAAAGAGCUACUAUGAAUUGUAUAUGGCUAUUUCUGAUGAAUUGAGGCAUUUGGAACUGUACCUCUGUGAUGAAUUUCAAAAAGGAAGGAAAGUUGCUGACCUCUAUGAACUUGUUCAGUAUGCAGGAAACAUAGUUCCCAGGCUUUACCUGUUAAUUACUGUGGGAGUUGUCUACAUCAAAUCAAACGAACUCUCACGGAAAGACAUCCUGAAAGACUUGGUGGAGAUGUGUCGAGGAGUGCAGCACCCCUUAAGGGGCCUCUUUCUGAGGAAUUACCUACUGACCUGUACAAAGAAUGUUCUGCCCGACACUGAGGAGGAGCUAGCCACAAACGACUACGAGUAUGGAACAGUAAUGGAUUCCAUUGACUUUAUCUUGCUGAACUUCUCCGAGAUGAACAAACUCUGGGUCAGAAUGCAGCAUCAAGGUCACACUCGAGAUCGUAAUAAGCGAGAGCAGGAGAGACGGGAACUCAGGAUCUUGGUCGGAACUAAUCUUGUUCGGCUUAGUCAGCUGGAAUGUAUUGACAUGGAAAAGUACAAAAAGGUGGUUUUGCCGGCUGUGUUAGAACAAGUGGUUUCCUGUAGAGACCCCAUAGCCCAGGAAUACCUGAUGGAGUGUAUCAUCCAGGUUUUCCCAGAUGAUUUUCAUCUACAGACCCUGAAUCCUUUCCUCAAAGCGUGUGCCGAACUUCAUGAAAGUGUCAAUGUGAAGAAUAUUAUUAUAGCUCUGGUGGACAGACUUGCACAGUUUGCACAGAAUGAAGAAGGAUCAGGGAUUCCCCCAGAGAUCCAGCUGUUUGAUAUUUUUUCAGACCAGAUAUCUCAAGUGAUUCAGAAUCGCCCAGACAUGCCCCCAGAGGAUAUAGUGGCCCUGCAGGUGGCGCUGAUAAAUCUGGCGUUGAAAUGUUACCCAGACAAAGUAGAUUUUGUGGACAAAGUGUUGGAAACUACAGAGGACAUCUUCAACAGGCUGAAUCUGGACCACUCUUCUUGCAGCCUGGAAUACGGCAGUCCCGUGUCGAAGGAGCUGAUGCGGCUGAUGAAGAUUCCGGUUGACUCGUACAACAACAUUCUUACCGUGCUGGAGCUGUCACACUUUGGUCCCAUCUUUGACUACUUUGACUACCAGAGCAGAAAACUCAUGUGUUCCUAUCUCAUCAACAAUGUGUUGGAAAACGAUACCCGUAUACCAACUCAAGAUCAGGUGGAUAACAUUUUGAACAUCGUGAACGUCCUUGUACAAGACCAAAGUGACCAGCCAGCAGAACCCGAUGACCCGGAGGACUUCGCUGAGGAGCAGGUGCUCAUGGGAAGGUUUAUCCACCUACUCCAAGCGGAGGAUCCAAACCAACAAUAUCUGAUAUUGAAUACAGCCAGAAAACAUUUUGGGGGUGGUGGAGACAAAAGAAUUAAGUUCACGCUUCCCCCUAUUGUGUUUGCUGCAUACAGACUAGCAAUGAGAUACAAAGAAGCCAAAGAAGAGGAUGAAAACUGGGAGAAGAAAUGCCAGAAGAUAUUCCAGUUCUGCCAUCAGACGGUAGGAGCUUUGAUCAAGGCCGACAUGGCAGAGAUGCCACUUCGACUUUUCCUGCAGGGAGCAUUGACAGCUGGAGAAAUCGAAUUUGAAAACCAUGAAACUGUAGCCUACGAAUUCAUGUCACAGGCAUUUUCACUCUACGAAGAUGAGAUCAGUGAUAGCAAAGCCCAGCUUGCAGCCAUUACGCUUAUUAUCGGCACGCUUGAACAAAUGAGUUGCUUUGGAGAUGAGAACCACGAACCUCUUCGAACUCAGUGUGCCCUGGCUGCCUCCAAACUCCUCAAGAAACCAGACCAAUGUCGAGGAGUCUGCACAUGCUCACAUCUCUUCUGGUCAGGAAGGUCCGCAUCACAGGAAGGGGAGCUCCAGGAUAGUAAACGAGUGUCCGACUGCUUGAAGAAGGGAGUGAAGAUAGCUAACCAGUGUAUGGACAGUUCAGUACAAGUGCAGUUAUUUGUGGAACUUCUCAAUCACUAUAUAUACUACUAUGAGAAAGGCAACGAUCAGGUUACGAUUCAAGUCCUCAACCAACUGAUAGCUAAAAUAAAAGAGACUUUGCCUAACUUGGAAGCAAAUGAAGAAACUGAACAGAUCAACAAGCAUUUUCAGAAUACUGUCGAACAUUUAAAACUACGAAGAGACGGUAGUGAAACUGAGGGACCUUCGUAUGAGGAACUUGUGCUUUAACUUCAGUGUCGGCUGCAUUCUGCUUUUUUUUUUUCAUUCUUACUAAUAUAAUUCAUAAAAAGGGACGUUUAUAAACUAACACUUCAGUGAAGAAGUAGAAAACAGUAUUUGCAAUUGUUAUGUUGUCUGUUGACGAUCUGUUUGCAUUUCUGGUGUUGUAGAGUAGAAUUUUAUCUCCACCUGUUAAAAGAAUAGUUAUUUUGAAGCAAAAGAUCCAAAGCCUGUACGGAAUAUCUGACAGCAUGUAUUGGAGAACUUAACUUAUUUAGGAUAUCUGAGCAGAUUUUUAACAGGCUUAGUUUUAGGAUCUUCAUCAGUGAUGUAUCUAAUUUGAAAUGUUCUACGAGUACAUAUCUACUUGUACGUGCAAACCUUUUUCUCAGAUUUUAUCUAUUUACAAAGCAUAUAAAACUUUAAAAGAGCUUAAUAUUAAUGUAAUAAGAUAUAUUGUACAUAUAUAUAGAUUAUAAAGGUUAUUAAUGUGUGCAUAAUGUUCGUGUUAUCACCUGUUGUAAACCAUGAUGUUGUCCUGUACCGUUUAUAAUGUAUUAAAAAUAUGUUGUUUAUAAAAUAAUAUGUGUCUAAGAUAUUAAAUAAUGCAAUUAAAUGUUUUCAAACAACUA